AUGGAGGUCAAUAAGGGAGGACAGGCAGAAGGGAAGGGCACAAAGGCAAACGUCCACAACUACUUGGCCGUUAAUCGAACGGUGAGCUUUACUGGGCAUGCGAUUGGUGAACCCACCAGUCGCACUUACAUCGGAUCUAUUAAAAAGAUAACGCAGAAAAUGGUUCGAAGUCAGGAUCCGAAAUCAUCAAUGCCCCAUAGCUACGAUCAGUGUCCCGUUGAUAAGGAUCAGCUUGGUGAGAAUGUCUUCAUACAUACCCAUGUGAUUAUUGUGGCAACGAUUUGCGGCAGAAUUAAAGCGAGGAGCCUCCAAAACUUGGUAGUCGCAGUGAAUUUGCGUUAUGGAUGUGUCAGCUGCACAACAAGGUUAAUAAAAGGACUGGAAAACCGGAUUUUGACUGCUCAAAAGUCUUUGAGCGAUGGAAAGAUGGUUGGAAAGACGAUAGGAUGUACGAUAAUCUAA